CGAUGGGGUGGCCUAGGAGUGCCGGAGGCAAAAGUGUCCCUGCCUGGUGGGGCUGGAGCCGGGCGUGUCCCGGGACUGGCCGUAUCCUGGGACUGGCUGUGUCCCGGGGACUGUGUCCCGGGCCGGGCGAGAGCCGCUCCGCCGCCAGACCCAGGCUUCCCUGCAGGAGGCUGGGAACGAGCUCUGCGGUGGCGGGGCUCCCAAGGCGUCUCGCAUCAGGCAGGAUUUCCCCUAUUCCAGGCUUAAACCCUGUGCUUAAAGCCUACGGGACGCUACCUCCCGCCCGCGCUCGGUACCGAGGCGGGGAUGAGGCUGAGAGCGGGGAAAUGCCACUCCCUCCAGGCCCCGGCAGCAUACCCCCGGAAGCCGGGAGGGAGAGGGAAGCGGGGCGCCCUGCUCAGCCCCGGAACCGGAGCACUUUCCGCAGGAGAGCCCGGGGAUGUCGGGGAUGUUCCCGUCCCUGCGGCUGGAGCUCGGCUCUCGGCCGUGCCACCCACUGCGCGAGCAGGAUCGUUCGCCGGGAUGCGCGGGGAAAUGGGAACUGCGGGUUUCGUUUGUGCCGGGAUGAGCUUUCAUUAGGUUGGGCAUCUUUUGGGCUCGCCAUAGGGAAUUAGUAACUGCACAGGUAGACAAGAGAGGCGGCUCGGGAAACAGCGCUGCCCAGCACAGCGCUGCGGCUUGUAAGGCUGCUUAAGGCUGUUGCUCGUAGGUCUGAUCCUAUUCUGAUCCUACCUGUGCUCCUAAAAUCACCUACGGAGGCGCCGGCACAUCAUUACACACGUACGGGAAGAUGGGAAAUUAGUGGAACUCUGAGCAGCUAAGAACUGUCCGGUAUAAAAGAAGUGUGGGCAGCAGGGCUGGGGAUAAGGAAUGCCGAGCUCUGCGUUUGCUGGUUUUAUUUGUUGUCUGUUGACAACACGCAGAGGUGCCGGGUGGCACUAACAUCCGAGAACGUUAUUGAGGAUGCUCGGGAUUCUAGUUACAGCUGUAUCGAUGCUGAUUUUUUACAAUAGUAGUAUUUUGUGCUAAUACAGACGUUUCUAUCACUUGAUCUCAUUCGAAAUAUUAAUAAAGGGGGUGAUUAAAAUCACGCAAAUAUGAACUAAAACACCUGCAAUAUCUACUAAGGAAGAGGUUGAUUGCACAUUUUUCCAAAACUUUUGAACUCGAAUUUCUGCUAAAUCCGAGAGGCAGCAGUCACAAAUGUAAAGCUCCAACAACUUUUCUGAGAACUGGUGGCUGCGCAGGGAACAAAAGGGCAGCGUAGGAAGAAAGAUACACGGCUGCAGGCGAGCAGAGACAGUGGGGUGAGUCCUGCUGGUCCACAUGUGGGAAAUUGCAAGGGCACGCUCUGCUCCUCAUCCUCUGGAGCUGGCAGAUGCCCUGGAGCGGGACGCUCGGGUGCCGAGGGGCCGCAGGGUGCCCAUCUAUAGGGAGAGGCCGCUGUUGUCGCACAGACAAAAAAAAUACGUUCCGUGUGCUGGCACCUGUGAGCUCCCACUUCAGUCUGUGGCUGGUGAGAUACCAUUGGCCCUAUACCUGGCUGACAGACCGAAAAACCAUCGGGGUUUUGUUCAGCAGAGAAACCCGAGGCCCGCGGGUCCCGGGCAUCCUGCGGGGAUCCCGCCGCCUCCGGGCCAUUCGCCGCUGCCCCGAGCACGGACCUUCUGCGCCCGUUCGUGCUCCCCCGGUCCGCGC